UACCUAUAUUACUUUGAUUGGGGUUUGUUUGUUGACAGGAGACCUGAAAAUUAUGAUUCAAUUCAUUUAGAAAGUUGGAAUAUUAAAGUUUCCACGUAUAUAAUACAAGAUAGUGUGCUAAAAUAUUAUUUAAUCGAUUUAAAUGACAAAUUAUCAGGAAAUAGUCAACUUGAACGUCGGCGGAACUAAAUUUGCUACAUCCUGGCACACACUGACAUGGGUGCCAGACACAUUUUUCACAGCCCUGCUCAGUGGGCGCAUACCUACAGUCAGAGAUGACACUGGUGCUAUAUUCAUAGACCGAGAUCCAAACUUGUUUGGGCUCAUCUUAAAUUUCCUCCGAACCAGAGACAUAGACCUGAAUAAUGUCAACAUUAGAGCACUCAGACAUGAAUGCGACUACUUUGGUAUCACUCCUCUUAGCAGGAGGCUGGCUCUGUGUGACGAGAUGAAUCAUUCUUCAUGUGGAGAUGUGCUCUUCUAUGGAUACCUACCACCACCUUUAAGCACUCCAUUACCAAGCAACAGCAACAGUAGAAAUAGCAAUGGAUGUUCUAGAAAGAACUCCACCGCGUCAAACGCUGAUGCACCUUGUAAUAGGACACACUCAAGGAACUCUUCCCUGGACCUGAGGACUGUGGGCAGGAUACCAUCACAGGACCAAUUGAGUCGAUGUGGCCGUGGACAUUCCAGAGCCGCUUCUCUAGGCAAUGCAGACUGUUAUAAAGGAAUACGCCCGCCGGAACUAAACGCGUGGGCAGACAGCAUGAAAGUUCAAAUUAUAAAGGCACACCACAAUUGGAUCGCGGUUGCGUACACACACUUCGUUACUGGAUACAGAUUGACAGAUUCAUGCGGAUGGUACGUCGUGUUCCAAUCGCCCGUCCAAGACUCCGUGAUAGAGAGGAUAGCGUUGAACGCUAAGACGGGCGGCGGGGCGACGGCCAGCGGCACGAACACUACGGGCACUGAUGUCAUGUUGGGCAUAGCGAGCGGGCCGCUUGUUCGGUUAUGGGCGUUCUCUACGCAUAGCGAGCCUGUCCGGAGGACAUUAGUUGGCACAUUCAACUUGGGUGUUCGCGUGGAGCACCUACUCUUCGUCGGUCCACAACUAGUGGCGCUGAGCGGAGCGGGCGCCCGGAGCAAGGCGGGCGUGUGGCACACCAGCACGCAGCACUGGCAGACGCAGGACGUGGCGCAUCUCAGCACACACGACACCGCCGGCUCGUUCCUGCUGCUGGGGACCAACACGGGCGCCAUCAACUAUAUAGAUAUGCAAAAAUUCCCGCUGCGAAUGAAGGACAAUGAUCUACUUGUCACCCAGUUGUACAAGGACCCCAAUCAAGAACCCAUCACAGCCAUAUCAGUGUAUCUCACCCCUAAGACCAAUCUGUGCGGCAACUGGAUAGAGAUAGCAUAUGGCACUCGGUACGGCUCAGUGCGGGUCAUAGUGCAGCAUCCGGAAACCGUGGGCCACGGCCCGCAACUUUUCCAGACCUUCACUGUCCACCAGAGCACUAUCACAAAGGUUUCUCUAUCAGAAAACUACCUAAUAUCGGUAUGCAGCGAAUACAACCACGUCCGCUCCUGGCGAGUGACUCGCUUCCGAGGAAUGAUCUCCACCCAACCCGGCACCACGCCCAAGGCCGCCUUCAAAGUGCUCGCGCUAGAGGCACCCACCGCCCAGCCACACAACGACUGCGGACCAUACGGCGAGCAGGACGAGGAACAGAUUUUCAUUCAGAAAGUUGUACCGGAUACGGACACGCUGUACGUGCGCUUAGCGUCGAAUGGAAGAAGGGUAUGCACAAUCCGGUCGGUGGACGGUUCGGCGGUGUCGUGCUUCGCCGUGGCGGAGUGCGAGGGCGCGCUGCGGCCGCGGCGCCUGCUGCUGUGCGGGCACCGCUCCGGCGCCGCGCAGAUGUGGGACCUCACCGCCGCCAUCGACAAGGCGGCCAAGCCGGCGCUCUCCGUCGGCGGUAGUAGCGCGGAAGUCGACGACUCCCCGAUCCCGGACGGCGGGCCGACGGCCGACGAGCUGGUGCGGCUGCUGUCCGCGUGCGACCUGGACGCCACGCCGGCGCCGCAGCUGCUGCCGCCGUCGCCCAACCGGCCGAUGCCGUGAGCGAUCUGCGGGGCACUCGCCAGGCUUACGGACUUUCUGCUACCAACUUAAGUGCUUCACACACCUUACUCAAUUCAGUAGCUUACGACAGGGAAGCAGCUAUAUUAUGUUAUAGCUCGUUUUUUUAGCAUUAGCAAGAAGGUAAGCGAUCUUGACAUGUCUUUUUAUUAAAAAUUACUUUUGAAAAAUUAGUUACAGCAAAAAUAAGUUAGAAUCAUAAAUCAUAUACGAUUUUUUACAUUAUUUUGCUUUCAUAAGUAAUACAAACUAUAUUUUAAACCGUUUUUCAAUAUUAUUUAAUAAAAAGACACGUCAAGAUUGUUUACCUUCCUUCUAAUGCUAAAAAAAACGAACUAUAUACACGGUACAGAUACCAGCAUCUCACUUCUGCGUAUUGCGCUUUAUGACUCAUAAUUAGACAUGCGACAGUGGUGGUGCGAGAUAAAGUGCACUGUUACGUUCGUUUUAUUUUUCACAUGUAACCGCACGGUAUGGAAUGGCGGAGUGCUGCCGAGGUUGCCCACAAAAACACAAAAUGUCCUAGUAAAACAGAUACAGAUGUAGUGAAUAAUCCUGUACCAUCGUAUUUCCAUGGGAACGCACGAACGUGUUAUGCUAUUUCAGUCAGUCUCAAUACAAAAAGUACUGACGUUGACUGAUGUAGCAUGACAAAUACCAACGAUUCCGAUUGUUCACUACAUCUGUAAUAAUUUCUCACCGACCGUCCGAGUUAUUCGGUAGAUCUACAGAAGCAUCUCUCAAUGUAUUCGGCAGGAAAAUUUCUAUGCGAGCAUCAAGAAUAUACAUCUUUAUUCUUAGUGAUAGCAAAAGGUAGCAGAGACACAGAAUAGUAUAAUUUAUUCUAGAAGAGCCGUGUUAUUAUUGAUAUUAUACAGACAUCAAGAUAAACAGUGAAAAAGUCCUGUAAGCUUCUGGCUUGUGCUCGCGAAUAUACCCAUAUAAUCCGUUCCGUUAUAUAGGUAGGACUACUGAUAUACCGUCAGACAGUUUCUAAAAUUGGACAAAAAAUAUUGGAACAUUGGAUAAAAAUUUCGGACAUUUCACAUAUUUACAGGAAUCGACAUUCUCGAUUUCCAAAAUGAAAGUUUCCUGUGAGAUCUUCCUAAAAUUUUUUGGAAAGUUUCCGCAACUUGUAGGUAGGAUUCGUGUGGAAAGGAUGUAUUUCUUUGCACAAAAACACAAGAUAUGGUCUUAUAUCAAGGAAGAAGUUAAGUUUUUGUGGAUUUCGGGUGACGUAUUCCAUGUGACAUUUGUGUAGGUACCUAAUCUUUGUCGUCAUCUUUAGUUCCGAUUGAUUCAUUAAUUAGUAAAUAUUAUUAAGUGCGUAAAAUAUUCGUUUCGCUUUCCCGUGAGGUCUUCUGCUAGUUACUCGGAAAUCAUUCCCUUUUUAAACCAAAUCCAAAAUCCUUUAGUUUUAAAUGGGUUUUAUUUAGUAUACGAGUAUGUAACUUAUUUUAGUAAUAGUGACUUAUAAAUUCCUACAAGUUGAAAUUAUCGAGCGUACUUCCUUUUCGCUUAAAUUAUUGGUGGGCCAGCUUGUUUUUUAUAUACAAUCAAUGUGGCUUUUAAUAAUAUAUGUAUAAUUGACAUUAUAUCAAGUGCUAUAUGUAAUGGAUGUUAGAAUAUCAAAGCAGGUCACCUGCUUAAAGGCUGUUUGCUUACAGAAUUGAAUUUGCUAAUAGUGUAUGAGUGAUCUGAUCGUAUAAUUUCAAGCUUUUAAGUAUGAUACACGAGUAAAUAAUACUGGUGAAAUAUCAAUACAAAGCUGCGUUCGUUCAAAAUAAGUAACUUAGGGGUCAUCCAUCAAUUACGUCACACCAAUUUCUAGGUUUUUUGACCCCUCCCCCCCCCCCUUGUCACACUUGGUCACAUUUGGCAAACCCCUCCCCCCCUAGUGUGACGUCACAUUUUUUCUACGAAAUCGCCAAAUCGAAUUAAGUAAGUACCUAAGUAUUAUUAAUAUUUUAUCAAAAUAUUUUUGACGAUAUAAAUAUUAGUAAUUUUAUAACCCAAAACUACUUAGGAUAGGAAAUUAAACGAUUAUAAACUAUUUUCGUUUUAAAAACUUGUUAUUUAAAUGUACAGCGAACUAAA